CCAACGACAGCCAACCAUGUCUGCCCCCAAUUCACCACGGCUUGUCGACUCCUUCACGGCACCAAAAGAGAUUCUCCAAGAGUUUGCCGACCUCGCGGAGGAAGAGGACGUUGAUCCCUUUGCCGAAACGGCCUCGAAACGGCAAAUAGCGUCCCGUCAGACCGACUACCACAACCGCCGUUUCAACCGUGUUGCACAGGACAGCGCAGAUGCCUUCAAGCACGUAGAGGAUGGUACCGAGGUCGAGGGUGGAUACAAGGAUGCGAUGAGGCUGUCGCGCCUCGAACAGGAAGAGCUGCGCGUAAAGAGGGCUAUUGAGGAAAAGGAGCGCAAGGAUCGGGAGGAAGGAAAGAUGAAGAUGGAUCUCGACAAGACGCCACCCCGCGAGGAACUCGAGGAGGUUGCGAGAGAGCUCGAGGCGGCCAAGGCUCUUGCGCAGGGCGAAAACGGUGGCACAAAGCGCAAGAGACGGUGGGAUGUUGCGGAGCCCAAUGAUGAGAAUGCUGACCCCAAUAAGGUCGACAAGGGCGAAUGGUCGAAGGAAGCCCUCGACGGCGCUGCACCCAAGAAACGUCGCUCGCGCUGGGAUGCAACCCCUGCUGAAGCCGCCGUCGGCGAGACUCCCAAGCGUUCGCGCUGGGACCAGGCGCCCGUCGUCCCCGACCAACCCAUGACCCAAAUUAUUAUGAACGCUCCCGGAUCCUGGCAGGAGGAUAAGCACAACCGCUAUCUCUCCGACGAAGAGCUCGACGCUAUUCUUCCCGCUACAGGGUAUGUUAUUGUGACUCCUCCCCCGGGAUAUGCACCAAUGCACGCACCCCGAAAGCUCAUGCCGCCAUCCGUUACGGAGGUGGGUGGCUUCCAAAUUCAAGAAUCCUCGGAUGCAGCAGCCAUAGCGGCCGCUGCUGGCCUGGCCCCCGAGCUUCCGACCGAAAUUCCUGGCGUUGGCAACCUCGCAUUUUUCAAACCUGAAGAUGCCCAAUACUUCUCCAAAAUCUUGAAGGAAGAGGAUGAGACGGAGCUAUCGGUUGACGAGAUGAAGGAGCGCAAGAUCAUGCGCCUGCUCCUCAAGAUCAAAAACGGUACUCCUCCCGUACGCAAGACUGCUCUUCGCCAAAUCACCGACAAGGCUCGCGAGUUCGGUGCUGGUCCUCUUUUCGACAAAAUCCUUCCACUCCUCAUGGAGCGUACGCUGGAAGACCAGGAGCGACAUCUGCUCGUCAAAGUCAUCGACCGUGUGCUGUACAAACUCGACGACCUCGUCCGUCCCUACGUACAUAAAAUUCUCGUCGUCAUUGAGCCCCUUCUUAUCGACGAGGAUUACUAUGCUCGUGUCGAAGGCCGUGAGAUCAUAUCCAACCUCUCGAAGGCUGCAGGUCUCGCCCACAUGAUCUCCACCAUGCGUCCUGACAUUGACCACGCGGACGAGUAUGUACGUAAUACCACUGCUCGUGCGUUCUCUGUUGUCGCCUCCGCUCUUGGCAUACCGUCCCUGCUUCCCUUCUUGAAGGCCGUCUGUCGCAGCAAGAAGUCAUGGCAAGCCCGUCAUACCGGUAUCCGUAUCGUCCAGCAAAUCGCCAUCAUGAUGGGCUGCGCCGUACUUCCUCACCUGCGCAACCUGGUCAACUGUAUCGCCCAUGGUCUCCAGGAUGAGCAGCAAAAAGUACGGACGAUGACCGCGUUGGGUCUCGCUGCACUUGCUGAAGCUGCAGCUCCCUACGGUAUCGAGUCCUUCGAUGAAGUCUUGAAGCCUUUGUGGCUUGGUAUCCGUCUGCACCGUGGCAAGGGUCUUGCUGCCUUCCUUAAGGCCAUUGGUUUCAUCAUUCCCCUCAUGGAUCCCGAGUACGCGUCUUACUAUACCAAGGAAGUGACGGUCAUUCUCAUUCGUGAAUUCCAAACGUCGGAUGAAGAGAUGAAGAAGAUCGUCUUGAAGGUUGUCAAGCAGUGCGCCGCUACGGAGGGUGUCACCGCGCAGUAUAUCAAGCAGGACAUUCUUCCUGACUUCUUCAAGUCGUUCUGGGUCCGCCGCAUGGCGCUUGACAGACGCAACUACAAGCAGGUCGUCGAAACUACCGUCGAGCUCGCGCAGAAGGCAGGUGUAUCGGAGAUCUGCGGUCGGAUCGUCAACGAACUUAAGGACGAGGCGGAGCCAUACCGCAAGAUGGUGAUGGAGACGAUUACCAAGGUUGUCGCGACGCUCGGCGCGUCUGAUAUUGACGAGCGCCUUGAGGUCCGCCUUGUCGACGGCAUUAUCUACUCCUUCCAGGAGCAGACAACGGAGGAUCAGGUCAUGCUCGAUGGUUUUGGCACGGUCGUCAACGCGCUUGGUAUCCGUGUCAAGCCGUACCUCACCCAGAUUGUCUCCACGAUCCUCUGGCGCCUCAACAACAAGAGCGCCAAGGUGCGUCAGCAGGCAGCGGAUCUGACGACGCGUCUCGCGGUUGUCAUCAAGCAAUGCGGUGAGGACCAGCUACUGAGCAAGCUUGGGCUUGUAUUAUUCGAGCAACUGGGUGAGGAAUAUCCGGAUACGCUUGGAAGCAUUAUUGCGGCGGAAGGUGCGAUCGCCAAUGUCGUCGGUAUGACCCAAAUGAACCCACCUGUAAAGGACCUUUUGCCUCGUAUGACGCCCAUUCUUCGUAACCGUCAUGAGAAGGUGCAGGAAGCAUCCAUCAACUUGAUUGGUCGUAUCGCCGAUCGCGGUGCCGAAUUUGUGCCUGCUCGUGAAUGGAUGCGUAUCUGUUUCGAGUUGCUCGACCUCCUCAAGGCGCACAAGAAGGCUAUCCGUCGUGCUGCUGUGAACUCGUUCGGUUACAUCGCCAAGAGUUUGGGUCCCCAAGAUGUCCUCUCUGUGCUUCUCACGAACCUGCGCGUCCAAGAGCGUCAAUCUCGUGUCUGUAGUACGGUCGCCAUUGCCAUCGUUGCCGAAACUUGCGGACCCUUCACUUGCAUCCCUGCCAUCCUCAACGAGUACCGCACCGCCGAGCUCAACGUGCGGACAGGGUGUCUCAAAGCCCUCACCUUCGUCUUUGAAUAUGUCGGUCCACAGUCCGCGCACUACUGCGACUCCGUUGUGACCAUGCUCGAAGACGCGUUGACGGACCGCGACCUUGUCCAUCGGCAAACGGCGAGCACAAUUGUCAAGCACCUUGCUCUCGGCGUUGCCGGCCUCGGUUGCGAGGACACCAUGCUCCAUCUCAUGAACCUCGUUUGGCCAAACUGCUUUGAAACCUCACCACACGUCAUUGGCGCAGUCAUGGAUGCAAUUGAAGCGAUGCGAACGUGUCUUGGUCCUGGCGUACUCCUCAACUACACUCUUCAGGGGUUGUUCCACCCCGCAAGAAAAGUUCGAGAGGUUUACUGGCGCGUAUACAAUGCUCUAUACCUCGGCGCUGCCGAUGCACUUGUUCCCUUCUACCCUGAUCUCAGUGAACUCAGUGAAGGAAACAACAACUACGCUAGAGAACCUCUUCAAAUGUUUAUAUAAUCAUAUGCUCACUGUAAUAUUUCUUGUAGGAUAGUUGGUGAUAUGAUAGUUUCCAUUUUCAU